AUGGAGAAGUUAAAGGUCGUACCCGACGCCGCUGCAUUCAGCACGGUACGACUGUACGGCGACCAGGUAGGUUCCCACUUCGUUGGACUACCCGCCAUGAGUGCGGAGGAGAUCCGUAAGCUGGACGUAAUCUCAAGGCUCUUUGAGUUAUUCCUCAAGACAGAGCGAGGCCCAAAGAUGUUCUUGAGUUUGGGCAUGCAAGUCCGCGCAGCUUCGUUCGAUGUGAUUAACAUAUUUGGUAUCGAACUUGCGGCAUCCUUGCAUCGCACGUUGGGUAAGGAGUGGUUUGGUCAGGUGGUUCAAGUCGCCAGGCAGCUUUUUGACCGUCCGGAAUCGCGCCGGUUGUCAGACCCCUGCUUCCUUGGAUGCUUCUUACGACUCUUCAAUGCCUACAUCAACGGAUCCUGCAUGGGCUUUUGCCGCAGUCUGAGACUACCAGUCCAAGACUGGGAAACCAAAGACCGACUAGACCCUGUGUCAGAAGGCCUCGACUUCUUCGGACGCCUCCCGGGCCUGAACUUCCAACCACCACCGGCC